AUGACGAUCGAAAAGAAUAAAUUACAAUUACCAACAAUAGAUGAUUUUCAUUUUCUGAAAACUAUCAGCCGUGGCAGCUAUGGACGAGUUUAUUUAGCAACAAAGAAGAAUGAUGACAAGAAAACAAAAUAUGCAGUUAAAGUUAUUAAUAAACAAAAUAUACGUAAAAAGAAUCUAAUUGAACAAAUUGUUAAUGAACGUGAUGCUCUAGCAAUUAUGCAUAGUCAAUUUGUUGUCAGCCUUUUUUACUCGUUGCAAAGCAAAGAAAAUAUUUAUUUAGUGAUGGAAUAUAUGAUCGGUGGCGAUCUAAUGUCGUUGCUAUGUAUUAAGCAUAUAUUUGAAAAGCACGAAGCGCAAUUUUAUAUUGCUGAAAUAGCUCUCGCACUCGAUUAUUUACAUCGAAGAGAUGUGAUUCAUCGAGAUUUAAAACCAGAUAAUGUUUUGAUAUCAGCAACAGGACAUAUCAAAUUAACUGAUCUUGGUCUAUCGGAAAUUCGAAAUAGAAGAAAAGUAUCAGUAGCAGAUAUUAUUGGUACACCAUCGGUAUGCAAAGUGCGUUCGUUUCGUACACCCGGCCAAAUUAUAUCGUUAACAUCUGACUUCAGCUUUUCUUCUAAUGAAUCAGAUUCCGGCCUAUUUCAUACAUCAACAUCAAUAGAAAAUAUUUAUACAAAUAAUAAUUCUUUUCGUUCAGCAACAUCGUCGCGUUUAAUUGAUAAUAAUUUACGUAUUUAUCGGCAACCUUUACCAGAGUGCAUACCUGAAAACGGACCAUUAUCAUUUGGCAAUGAUGAAUUCGAUGAUCGCGAAGACGCAAGCACAAAUAGCACAUCGGUCUUUCUUUUUUCUAGUCCAAAUAGACACGUAUCAAAUAUAUCACAAACAAUAAAACAACGACCACGUAUUUAUCAUCAUAAAACUAUAUCAAGAUUACUUGCUUCAUCACCGGCUCAACAAAAUCAAUAUCGGCAAUUACCUGGACUUGGCCGAACAGCUAAUUCUGCAAUGGCAACGGUUUCGGCAGCAGCUUCGCCAUCUCUAUCACCUAUUCGAUAUUCGUGCGAUGCAUCAGGAAUUAAUCAAACUCAACCAAAUGAAAAAUCAACAAAUCUUGAUGACAACAUUAUCUCAAUACCUAUAGAAGAGAUACAAUCAAAUCAGACUUCGUUACCUAUUGAUGAUAGUUUACUGAAACCAGUGUGUCGUGCUCAAAAUUAUUCCAGUGGUCGAAUAACAAGUGAUCUAACAACGAAUACAUCUAUUCGAAGUAGUUUUCUUAAAUCACCAAUGCAUCCAAAUGUUUUCGGACCUGUUUUGGGUACACCAGAUUAUUUAAGCCCAGAAAUUCUAAUGCAAGAUGAAAAUCACACUGCAGCAGUUGAUUUUUGGGCGCUUGGCAUAUGUCUCUAUCAAUUUCUCGUUGGUGUAACACCAUUUUCAGAUGAUAGUCCUCAUGCUGUCAUAUCUAAUAUAUUAAAUUAUCGAUUGGUAUGGCCCGAAGACGAUGAUGAUGAUAAUCAAUUAUCAGAAGAUGGAGUCAGAGUUAUUAAAGGUUUACUUAAUCCUGAUCCAAAUUUACGAUUUCAACUAGACAAUUUGAAGAAGGAAUCUUUUUUUAAUUUGAUCGAUUGGGAUAAUUUAUCCAACAUACCGGCGCCAUUUAUUCCAGUGCCCGAUGACGAUUCAGAUACGUUCUAUUUUGAAGCUCGAAAUAAAGCAAUUGGUUUCGAUGAAGACUCGAUUGAUUACAUACCGAUAUGA